AUGGCCUCGGAUGUCGAGCAAAAUUUGUGUGGAGCGAAUAACAACAUCCGUUCAGUUCCGCGCGGUGGAACGGCAUCCUUCGCGAUCACGGAGGGCGAAGUUUUGAUUGAAAGCGAAUUUUUGGAGCUGAACAGCCAGCAUCACUAUUCUAAGACGGUUCAUAUUUUAUUGACGGAUGAGUUUGUUUUUGUCAAAGAGAUGAGAGAUCUCAGGGAAUCAGACACUCAUGUGCUUCAGUACGAGUCAGCCAAAACAGUUACGAAAUUUCUGCGUUCAGACGUGAGCAUGACGGUUUGUCAGGGAAGUCCGUUUACUUUCAAAGCUAAAUGGAGCAAAGAAGCUUCAUCGUGGAAAAGGUACGAACUCUGCGGCAAGGAAGAGGUCUGGCCGAAGUGGCUUCGGAGUUUUAGUGUGGAAGAACCCCGAGGGCAUCAUAUGAUCCCGUCCAGUAGUAUCUGUGAAAUGGAAGGCGACUCCGACUCUGAUGAUUGCAGCGAGGAAGAUGAUGGUGAAGAAAUUCAAAUGCCGGGAUAUGCUUUGACUCUUUCUGUCGAACGUACGAUUUCCAUGUGGUCUAUGUCGAUGUUGAACCCAAGCAGAGUACGUAGACAAGUUAUUGGUCAACGAUGCUCUCUUCCUCAGCUUGAGGGCGAUUUGGAAAAAAUCCAUGUGGACGAUCUUUCCGAUAGUUUCACUGCAGAAUCGUUGUAUAGAUCGAACUCGCAUCCUAGAUUAUCUCUCUCCAAAUCUUUUCGAUUCCCUUCGUUGCCAGACGUUAGUGACUUGGAGAAUGUUUGUGUAGAUUCAGAUUUGAAAAAUUAUGCUUGCAGGAGUAGAGAUCAAAGUAGUACAGACUGUCCAAGUCUAGUGUCAAAAUCUUCUAUGUUUAUACAACAAUGUGAGGGGCACAGUAAAUAUGCAACCCUCACCAAAUUACAGCAGAAAGUCGAAAAUCUGCGUUCUCAUCCUUCUAAUCUAAAUUUUGUGAGAAGGAGUAAACAUGAAGAUGUACCAUUGUGGGAUACCCUAACCCCGCCUAAGCACCGUCGCAAACACUCCCUUAAUGUUGCCAUGAAUAAUGAGGCCAACAGGAUCUCUAUGCCGUCAGACUCUGGAACAAAGAGGAGUUGUCGCAGCCCUACUUUUGGCAAGCAGGAGUCAAUUGAGGAAGACAUAUCAGUAAAGGAUACCCAUCAAACCAGAACAACAGAUGCUUCAGUGAGCCCAAAAGAGACAGAUUCAUCUGGUAGUGUUAAAAUGAUUGAAAAGAGAUCAGAAUCUUUGCCCUCUUGUAAGAGACCUGAUUUGUCACUUGUUUCUCAUUCAGCUUCGGAGAGGAGAAGAAAGGUUGGGGUAGUGAGGCAGUUAGACUUCAAAGAUGAUAUGGCAGUGGACUUGAUUGACAGCAGUCAACCACCUCGCAAAGAAAAAAUUAAAAGGUUUUGGACUAUCUUAUCUAAGAAGAGACCAAAGUUAAAGACACAAUUAACAGGAGAUGACGAUUCCUCGAAAAACCUUGAUAGUAUCAAUCAUGAUGAUGACAAUUUGGCAAGUGUUUUAGAAUUUGAGUCACCACCAAAUGGCUUUGCUGGAGUUGCUCGCCGUGGUGGGCUAAGCAACAUUUUCUCAGCUACACCAAAAGACAAAGCAACUGGAGCAAUAUCAACCAAUGAGGAGCGAAGGACAGUAACAUCACCAGUUCAAAGCAAGCAAGGUUAGUAUCAGAAAGUGUUAAGUAUAGAUUGACCAAGUUUUGAAUUUCUCUUAACUUUCUACAAAAAUUUCCAAAAAUACUGAAAAUGCAGAGAAUUCAGGACUUGGCUCAUCCCAAGUAGAAUGUAUUCAGGCCUUAAAAAUGUACCAUUAGUCUAUACAAACAAAACACACUGUAAAUGUUUUUAAUACUGCUGGUCUCAUAGAUUUUGAGAAAAAUACCAAAACAAAUUAACUUUCUAGUUUGUUCAAUUUUAACAAAUUGGUGUAAAUGCCCUAGUGCCAUGGAAACUGAAACAACUAAUUAGUUCAUGAUUUCUAAGAAAGUAUAAAACUUGAUAUCACCUGUAAAUCUCCUCUCAAAUGAAUUCGUUUGUUGAGAGAAACCUAACACACCAAAAAUAUGAGUCAUGUGGAUAUCAAUCUCUUUUACUUUCCACAACAACAACUCUGUAAAACUGAAAAUUUCAUUCUUGGUUAAUUAAGGAAGUAGAUAUAAGAUCUCAUCUUGACAAAGCUUGGAGAGUUUUAAAUUCAGGAAGAGUAAACUGUAAGUGAAUUUUUUGGGGGAUUUAGAGUUUGCAGGCACUUUUCACUUGGCUGUUAGCUGUGUUUUCCCUUAUUUCAAGCACAAUGGUUAAAAAAGAUAAAUUUAAAGAGAGAGUAAGAGCAAUCCUUUUACCUGUUGAAUAUCAAGAGUCCUGAGCAAUUUAGGCAGUAGUAAAGGUACUACAGGUGGUAAAUUUUACCAUUCACUGCCUAAAAAGGAUAACACUGCUUUGCAUGCACUGUUAAUUGUUCAUUCAUUAAUUUAUGGUGUGCUUUAAAAUGUCUCUCUUGUGUUUGAAAUAAUUUCAAGAGUAUCCUUUGGUUUUCAGGAUGUACUUUUGUUAUUUUUUCAAGAGUCAUUAAUUAAACUUCUCAUAAAAGCAAUUUACACUUGAGCUUCUAUCAUCUUGCUCUAAUUGAUUACAUUGAAUUUUUAUUAGCCUAAGAGGUUGAUAUGAAGAUGUUUUUUAUUUGCCCUAAUGUGUCAGGAUAAUUAAUGCAUGUAGAUGAAAGAUUUUGGGUCGGAAAAUAAUGAAAAUUUGGCACCAGAGGAAAUUGUAGAUUUAUACAGAUGUAUAUUGAUACAAAACAGAACAAGAUACCAGAAUGCAAUUACCGGUAUAUAAAAUAUAUAUAUACAUGUAUUAAAUAGAUUAUUAUUUAGAUCCCUUUACACUGUUUCUUUGUCAUGGUUUUGGAGGAAAUUUGUUAGAGGAAUUUGAGUUGAUGACUGGUCUUAGUGAAGCAAGUUACUCUCUUGUUUUCAGCUUGUAAGAACUGUCUGUGAGAAUUUUAUUUUGACAAGGAUAUUGAAACCUCCUUAUGAUAUUUUCCAACACCUUAAAGCUGAUAUUGCUAACUUAUUCAAUUUGUUAUUUGGUUUUCCCACAAAUUUGUUGUUACCGGUAAAUCUUGACAAGAUAUAUCAGUUCAUCAUUUUCUUAGUUUUUCUAACCUGUCUGUGCAAUUGCGGGUGAAAACUAUUUGUAAGAGGAAUUUGAGUAUUGAUCAUUCUCAGAGGUGCCCAAACCUAUUUUGAAAAUUUCGGUCAUGAUUUGAUGUUUUGAAGCAUUCUCCGACAACGAUUUUUUUUCUUAUAUUGUUACCUAAGAGUUUGUCUGAUGGCUUUGGUUCUGUCUCAAAAAUGUAAAAAAAGUGUCUACAGUAGAUAGAAUGCACAACAUAAGUGAUGAAAGGUUCCAAAAUAUCACACUGUACAGAAAUCAGUUUUGAUGCCGGUCUGAGUUCUCAGUUCCACCAGUUCUCUCUGGAGCUGAGAGCAUCAAUUCUGCAUGUAAUAAACUUAGAGACAGUGAUAGGUGUUUAGCUCUAUGUUAUUUUGAUGUAUAUUGUCCUUGCUUGCACAACUUGAGUCAAUGAUCUGAUAUAUUAAAUGUAACCACAGACAACUGAGAUCACUGAGUAUCAAAUUUGGCAUUAAUUAAUAUAUUGUCUUCUCUCCUGCCGCUUGGACCUAUGUCUAUAUUUGUGCUUUUUCUAAAGAGCUAUUUGCUUUCAAAUUUUUUGUGGCACUGAUUUGAGACCAUUACUAGGGCCAGGCUCUGCAAUUUUUUUCAGAAGAUGUUAUAUAAUUCUACAUUAUGAGGUCUCAUAUACUAUGGAUUAAAUAAUUGAUUGAUGUUAUUUGAGAACAAAUGUUGAAAUCCAAAUUGUUAGAAACUUGAUGUUUGCAAUAUCAUGAUAGAUUUUUUUCUUGCAUUUUUGUAGUCACCCUCUAGGUUAGUUUUGUGACAAACUAGAUGUGAGGAAGCAGUGUUUAAAAAUAUCAUGUGUGGCCAAUACAUUGAAAGUUAUCCAAUUCAAUUUUUUUAUUAACUUACCAAUAAUUAAUGUUAUUUCCUGUUACUAAGAAAAGUUAUAUGUAGGUUUAGUCAUUUGGUGAAAAUCUUACUGUGUGGUCUUGUAUUUCAAUGUGGUACCAGUAUUGUGUAUUAUUUUGUCAACCAAAGCAUUUCUAAGUUUGAUGUUGGAUAGGAAAUCUUAGGGUGCAAUCCUCAUGUACUCUCAAAGCUUUGAAAAGGAUACUGUUUGAUUAUUUUUGUUUAUAUUAUCCACUGGUUUAGUUCAGAAACUGAAAUUUCUGACCUUUUGUUAUCUUUCAACUUGGCAGAUGCCAAAGUGGAAGAGGUAGAUUAUCAACAGUUCCUCUUUCUGAGCAUAAUCUGUUGUGCAUGUCAAUAGAAGUAUGCCAAGAUAAAGAAAUCCCAUUGCUUUUUUCCCCUUCUUCCAGAGUUUGUGUAGGCUAGAAUAACUUUUUAUGCAGCUGCAUAUUGACCUGUGCAAUGGAUUUUGAUGGGACAAGGGGACUGCUCCAUACUCUCGAGAGUGACCAAGACAGAAUUUCUCCCUAUAAUAUCCAUACAAUACCAAGCAGGCAAGUGACAAGAAUAAAGAAAAAUCUCUAUAAGGGGAUUAUCAGUUGAUCCAAUACCAAAUUCUCCAAACUAACAUCAUAAGAAUUGUAUGACAGACAGUAAGGAGAAUUACUAAUGAGAUCUUGGGAGUAAAAAGGGUUAAGGAGGAAAUUGGCAACUGAAGCUGUUAAAAUUUAACAAAUGUUUCGUGAGCAUUGCUUAUUUGAACCUGUAUAUCAUCUCUGGUACAUUAAAUUGGUUUAUUCACCAAUAAGAGAGAUUGUGGGAUAUGGGUCAUACAUUCAUGAUCAGAUGAAUGUUGUUCUUUUAUGAAAGGGAAUUCGAAACCUCUCAAGAAUUGUGGGAAGCUUGAGGGAGGUCUAAAUUGUCGGUAUGCUUGUUAUGAUAUUGUAUCUUGUUUUGUCAUUGAGGUUUGUUCAUCCUUCCUGAAUCAGUUGAGAAGGAAGGCAAAAGGUGGUUUUCUGGUCUUUUUCAGGAAAAUAUUUUGAUUGAUUUUGACAACUGAGAAAAGACAAAGAAAAAUUGAAGCAUUUCUCAAGACAAAUAUGAUCAUUGUUCCUAAAUAUUAAGACAUCAGCUGUAUUAAAAGAUUUUUUUCAGUUGAACCUAAGUUAAAUCUGAACCCUCUUCAAUAAAGACAUGCAAACGUGAUGGAGGAAUGUCAUAUGUCAGAGUGACAUGAAAUAAAAGCUAAAUGCAUUAGAGGGAUUGAAUACCACCUUGAUUAGAUCAUUGCAUGAUGUUUUGAAAUAGGAACAGCCGGCAGUUUCAGAUAUCACACAUGACGGAGGACACUGAUGCUCUUCUAUCAGGAUGUUGUUAAAAAAUAACCUUUCAGUUUUGCUCCGCAACCAUACACUGCUGAUCGUCAAUGGUUUCUUUCUUGAAUCCUGACCAUUUGUAUCAUUUCAUUGUCAAAAUCAAAACUGUGGGAUCUUUGGAUGUGACUAAAAUGUGGUCUGGUUCAAGGAAGACUUACAUACUCAAUCAUUCUUGUAUGGAGUUUUCUCCUGAGAAUGAAUUGCUGGAAAAUCCGUUCUGUUUUUCAAUACCUCUGUGUUAUUUCAACUUUCUGGAUGAUGUUACAGGUGAGAUUUUUGAUACAUUUUCUCUUGGGUAAAAAUAUUUUUCUCGUGUGACUUCUUUUUGGCGAGUUGUGACAAAGCACUCUAUAGGAAUGUGUAGGUUCAAAUCGCUAUGCAGCCAAGCUUUAAUGAAGCCUUGCCACGUUUUUUUUUUAAUAUUAAUAUUUGAAAUUGAUAAGAAAAUCUUUAAUUCAAAGAAAAUCAGCCCACAUGGGUCCAAAACUGUGUGAAAAUAUCUGACUUAGUGCAAUUUCCUGUUGUGAGAGACGUCACAGAAAUCUGCUGUCUAAUUCCCUUACUUCAGUUGUGACUAAGAUCAGGAUAGGCAAGAAUGUCCCUGAAGUCUUCAAAUAUAAAUUUUGGAUGUAAUUUAAUGUGGCCUAUACAUUUGCUUUUCUUGCAAAUUCCGGAUCAUAUACUAGUAGAUGUAGAUAAGAGUUUAUUGUUUAUUGAUAUUUAGGUUUUUUCCUUAAGGAAUGAAUGAAAUAUUGAGGCCUCAUUCCUUCUUAAAAGCUGGUAGCAAGAUAUUGAUUCAGUUGCUGCUGGCUUCUUGUUCUUGUUAAAUAUAUCUCAAUUGUUUGGUUACACAAGACAUCACAGAAAUCUGCUGUCUAAUCCCAGCUUUGCUCCAGUUGUGACUUAUAAUUAUGUGAUCACAUUGUGAUAGGCGAUGAAAUUGAAAGGGAGCCUUUAGGUUUUUUAAUUUGGUUGUAGAAUGGAUAGUGCUGAAACUUUCAAAUAUCAAUUGUGGCAAUAAUUUAGUAUGAUUCUUUCAUAUGUUUUUCUUGCAAAUUCCAGACCAUUUACUUGAAGAUGUAGAUAUACAGUGUACUGUUUAUCAAUGAUAAGUUUUUUCAAAGUUGUAAUAAUGCCUCAUUUCUUCUUAAAAUCCCAUUUCGCAAUAUUGUCUUUGCUGCUGUCAGUCUCUUGUUUUGAUUAAGUUCAUAUGUGUUGAAUAUUUCCCACCUGAGUGUAAGGGAUUAAAACACAAAACUGUGGCACUAAAUUAGCUCUUCUUUCUUAAAGGUAGAGAUCUGAAAAAGUGUUUAUUCUCUAAAUAAUUGUCAAAAGGAUUUUUGUUUGUCCAUAAAAUUGUUCAGAAAUGAUGUAGGGCUGUAGUAUGUGUUGUUCACAUGCAUGUAGGUACUGUAUAUUUGCAGUUUACUCAGUGAAAUAGUCAGUGAUAUUACCUAUUUGUAAGUUCUAGCUGCUUUCAAUUUAUAAAUACUGUAACAUGAUAUCUCCCAGCUGUUGUGCAAUGUUGAAAGAUUCUGGUUAUCUUUGCAUUCACAUUUGACCUUUAAUGAGAGAUUCCAAAAUAUUUCACCACAGAACAUGUUUCUUUUGUGCACUGUAAAUAAUAUAAAAGAAAUGAAAACAUAAGGAAGAACUUCAUGUGAGUUCUUUAUUGUCUUGUUGCCAAGGGGAAGCCUUCAUAAUUUAUUACAAUUGUAUACAGGUCAGAACGUGUAAGGGUUUUUUUUUGUCCAUGAGGUUUUCCUGCUCUUAUAGCCCAACAAGUUGUCAUUUGUCAAAUCUUUCAGUUUCUUAAAGCUUUAGCACUGAAGCAUGUAAAUAAAUGACAUAGCAUUAGAGGUUUUGUUUACAUUUUAGUAAUUCUUCCUAUCAAAUAUUCACUGAUUUUUCAAAACUUCAUUUUGGGAGUUUAUUGUAUUUAGUGAAACACAUAAUUUGACAGGAAAGGUUUUCGUUACUGUUUGCUUUAUGUUAAGGAAGACCAUCUUUGAGAUAAAGUGCUCUCUUCCAUAAAGCAUAAAUUUUUUGAAGAGGUGUAUUCCCAAUUUCAGUCAACAGGAGUUUGCUUAUAGUAUCAUAUAAGAGCUACAACACCACUGUGUCUGAAAAGGAAAUUGGACACAAUGCAUGGGUAUUUUUUUCUGCUGACCCUUUGAAACACAAAAGAAGGUAAAAAUUGCUUUCAGCCCCCAAUAUGGCUUAUAUACAACUGAAUUUGUCGGGAUUUUUACUCUUAUGUCAACAUUUUUGAUUGCUGCAUGGCUGGUAAGGGGAUCUGCAAAGUAUUUUUACUUUUUACAUUACGCAAGUAUCAAACUGCCACAUCAGAUGAGCAGAUGUUUUUUACACACGUGUCAACUUCCUGUGAAACAUUUGGUAAACAGAAGGGCUGGAUUUUAAAAGAAAAUAUGAUUACUGUUUUGCAACUAAUGCAGGAUUUUGUGGGGUAAAUUUGUAAGAGUUUGUCCUGUGUUUUCCGUCCUUUGCAAUAAUGGGGAAAGAUAUUGUGUAUCACAUGUAAAGUAAUUGUCUGAGUGAUGUUGAAUUUUGGUUGUCAAUCUAACCGAUUUUUCUAUUUUUGUAACAUUCAGUAAUAGGAAUAACAUUGAAUAUUAUACGUAGCUGUAAACUAUGAAAUAAUUCCUACAAAUAUAUUCAUAGUCCUUGAUGCAAACAUUUCAAAUAUUUCAAAAUCCAGAGUGAACAAAACGAACUACGUAUUUGAAAUAUUCCAGGCUUAUGGGUUGUCAGGUCUUUUACGAAAUUGAGAAGAAAUGUAGGAAUUUUUAUUUCUUGAUUUUUGUAGAAUUUUUUUUCACUGUAUUUUGGUUAUGUAAAUAUUAUACGUUGCAUUGAAGCUUUUUUCUUUCUCUCUCCUCAGACCCAUCUAUGGAAACGACUCCUAUAGGAAAACCCAGUUUCUCGUAUAGUGGUAAGUUACCUUCAUUAUUUUUAAAAAAAAAUCUAUUGGAAAAAAAAAAGAAAGAAAUUAGCGCUUAAAUUUUCCUAAAACACUCUUUGGGAAUGUUGAGUAUUCGAUGUUAUCUUAACUGACUGCAAUAAUUUUUUUACAAUACGUUUCCAAAGAGUUUAUUUUAUGCCCAAUUAGUUUCUGGCAAGUUCUCUUUCUUGUAUGCAAUUCCUUUAGUUGUUUUGUGUUUUCGGUUUUGUUUUUUGGUGUUCUUGUCUUCGGGUCAUUUUACCUUGUUCGGUGUCUUCAACCAUUACAAAUUAACAAUUUUCCUUGGGCUUUAUCAUGGCUUCUAAUCCUCCAACAAUUUUUUGUCAAAUAAAUGCCAAUUAAAUUGAGAGUUAAAUGGCCUGUUGAGAAAAUCGAGGCUAUUCUACACUGUGUUAAACACCGUUGGCCCUGAAAACAGCACUUUGUUUUCAAAUGCUCUCAAGGACAUUUGUCAUGCUCGAAGUUUACGUUUAAUUCAAUUAAAUUCAACCAAUUCGAAUUUAUGCAAAGUGUUAGUCGUUUCUCUAACCGAACCAGCGUUUCUGGAACUUUCUUAAGCAAGGCCAGUGUCACUCGAAAUAAUAUUCGGGAGUAAGUUAUGUAUCUAGCUUGUAGAAAAAAAUUGCGAGUUCAGGUUUUUCUUUUUUGUCAAACUGUGGAGAGUACCUUUCUUGACGUAAUCAUCGUGUUUGCGUUACCGAGUCAUUGUUGUGAUUGAUGUCUGGUGACAACGUCGAUCUUACGUUCUCUCACGUACUUUCUCAAACUAAGUUGUUUCUCCACUCGUAAACCAGCGUGAAAACGCAAAUCAGAUUAAAAAGCCAUUGUUUACCGGCCUCUAGCAGUGGCUUUAAUUAAGUAAACAUGAUCUAAAAUAAGUUUCGUGACUGACGAAAUUUCACGAUAAUUCUGGGUGGAUUAAAAGUGCUUAGCGGAAAAUCGACAGACAAUACAAUUUGCAACCCACUGUUCUGUGCUAAUGCAGCAUUUGCCGCCAAACAAAAUAACAGAAAUGUUGUAAGUUGUCGCGGGAGCAACUGCUUUUUCCAAAAUGUUUGGUUUCAUGGUGCCAGCGGCGCAAUACGUUAAUUUACAACGUAGAAGUAGAAGUAAGUAUAUUCGAAGAUGUGUUUGUUGCUAACGUAGACUUAUUAAAAUCUCUCUUAAGCGAUGAUAUUAGAUCGCAUGCUACAAUAUUUACCGUCGGCUUCUCUGUAAUUUUGUUCGGUGUCAGUGUUCGAAAUUUUUGAGCUUCUGAAGUGUGCGGUUUUAAUAUAUGUCGAUGGUGGUUUCAUUAUUUUCACGAAUUUGACCGUCGAAUGACAUACUCGAGAAAAACUUUUGAAUAUGUGACAAAUGAGAAUUAACAAUUUGAUUUAUUCCAGUCAAUGGGAUGAUAAAGAAAUUCAUUGUCUUCUUGUAGCAUAAAAUUUAUUUUAGAAAUCUACUCUGACCUUUGAUUAAAUGCGACACGAUCGCUCGUAGAAACCUGUAGAAACAAAUAUCUCAUAUACAAAUAAGACAAUGGAUACUAAUAUCUAGAAUUUUCGUUUGAUAAAUCUAUAUGUACAAGGGAAGAAAUGGUUUGUGGAGGUCUGGUUAAUGUGUUAACAAACAUGUUGCGAAUUUUUUUUGCCCGCGGGAACUUUUGAAGAGAAUUAUGCGAAAUCUCAUUUAGCAUACUUUUGUCAUGCGGCAAACUUCGUGUUGUUUGAACACUGACACGCUAUGGACUUGAAGCUGUCACGCCCGUAACGUGAUCUAGCGGACGUGACGAAACGGUCAGGUUCAGCACAUUUUGCGCGUGACGCUUGCGUGAUGUUAGGGGUGCUCUAAAGAAGUUCAGACAAGUUUUGUACCAAAGCUUUAUUUGGGUAAAACUCUUAGAUAACACAACUGACCCGAAUGAACCUUAAGAUAUCACGCGACGUCUGGAUCAAAGGAAAUUGUUUAAAAUAGCCUUUUAUUUGACGCAGUGAAGUAGGUUUGACCCAAAACUCAAUAUGAAUGCGGUUGUUUUUGAUAUUAUUCCAGGUAUGUUAAAAAGCAUCGACUGUUUUUCUCAUUUCAUUGUGUUCCUCCAGAAAAUGUUCAAUCGCGAAUUACGGAGGGCAUAUUACAUUGUAUUUUAAUUUGUUGACACGUAGUUACAGAUACAUUAACUUCGAGCAUUUUUGGAGGAAAUCGGAAAGAACGAGGAGGUUUUAAUUUUUAAUUUGUUUAUUCAUUUUUUUUGUGGUUCACCGCCGCGCGGAUCAAAACAGGUGUUUAUCGGGGAACCCGCCAGUCAUUUUUUGUCUGUGAAAUAUGACUCUAAGGAAGAAACGUAGCUAAAAGGAUGUACUUGUCAUUUUGUAGGAUUCUCUUAGCCUAAGUCCUCAGCGUUGGCGAUUGGUUGCGACGUAACGCUUAAAAAUUCGGGAAAGAAGUUUUUCUUAAAGUUCCUUUUUAAAUUCCUUUCAAAAUCCUCACAAAUGGUGUCUUUUGACACAAGGAAACUUUUUUCAUCGGCUUGACCUUUUCAACUUCUAGGAUAUAAUUUAAAAUAUCUUUAAGAGGAAUAAUAGGUAUGAAUCAGUUUUCAACUUGUGCAAUUCGAUUUUCCAGCCUUGAUAUUUUAAUUCAAAGGGAAGAUUGUUUCAAGGAAGCGUCCAGACAAAUCCAGCACGCAAAAUCAAACCGCGUGUUUUUUUUUAAACAGGAGGACAAAGGUGGCACAGAAUGUGGGUUUUGUUUUAGCCGCAUACAUCACAAUCUGUUCUUUUGUUUGGAAAGUGAAGUGGAAUUGCAAUUUUUUUUCUUGUUGGAAGAAUUUUCGAGAGCGACUUUUAAGCCGUAAGUAAUCACAACGGCCUGUCAUUUUCAAAAUUAUAUGAUGUGUAUGUCGCGAGGACCUUGUGAGAACUCACGGUAAACAGAAGGAAACCAUCUCGGAAGCGCGGGAAAUGCGUGUGACUUUAACGCCAUCGGCUGUAGUUUUGCGUCCAAUUGAUCAAGAGAGUGGGUCGAGGGUUGUUGACCAAUCACAAUGCAAGGUUAAGCAAUUAAAGUGAAAUCAAGGAUGACUUUGGAUACUCUGAUGAAAAUUUCUUUAUCUCGUGAUCAGGAGCCACAUACAUGUAAUCUGAAAAAAAAAACUGGAACUUUAAGAAGUACACGUAUUCCAUUGUGACACUUGCGUCACUCAAUGAAGUCUAACGGUAGAUCAAUGAAUGGUAAUGUCUGUAAUUUUCCACAAUCCGACAAAAUAAAUUGACUUUACAUGAGUCUUCACAUGAAGGUUACGGCUCAUUUUGUAGGAGCCAAUCCCUUUCAAUAUUUUUGUUUUUUUAUGUAGAAGGAUUGAGAAAAGAUUAAUUUUCGAACCACGGAUUCAUAAAAAAUUAAACAAGUAAUUACUUCGGCGACAAGAUUGCAAUUAAAUCAAUUUCGACUUAACUGGAAGCAAAGGGAUUGGAUUCUGUUACUGAGAUACCGAUGGAUUUUUGGCUUACGUACGAUUAUCGUGAGCCUCCGAUUUCGGUUCCUUUCGGUUCCUUUCGGUUAUGUACUUUACCUACGAGUGCGUUAAUAAGAGGCUCUAAGGUUUUUGCUUGAAUACUUUUAAGUUUUCGCCAAUUUGUGAUCUAACGUUGAUCUUCUUGGUCUGUUUUAUAGGAAGCAUGAGAAAGAAGAAGCUUGUCAAGAGAAUUUUGUCCCCUAUCUUCAAAGCCACUUCUCAAGAAGAAGAAACAAGUAACCAGGUCAACAGUCCAACAGGCGAGGUUCCUCAGAGCCCCGACUCAGUCGACAGUUCUGCCCCAGAUCUCUCUCAGCGACUCGUUGAUAUAGACGCUUCGCUGUUUGCGCGGGAAAUCACACUUAUUGACAAAGAACUGUUUGUGAGAAUUCCUUGGCCUGAGUUGGCCAACUGUGGCUGGAUGACUAAAGAUAAGGUAAAGAAAUAGGUCUCGUCAGUGUUCAGUUUUUUUCAACGCGAUAUCCUGGCACGUGUUGAAAUGUAAACUUAGAGUGGAGGUAGCCUUAGAAUCGCACACAGCUUGUUUUAAGCAUGUGUGGUAGGCUGUUCCCUUAAGGCACAGAAUAAACGCUUAUAUCCAAAAGGAACACACAAAACAAAAUUACUAGUUGUGAGCUUUUUUGUCGAAAAGUUUUUCAGCAUCGUGUGACAACAACAUAUCGUUUUUCAAUCUUUGAAGACGGAAUCUCUAUGAGUAAAUCUAGUUUAUUUCCACUCUUAAAUUCUGUAGGGUGGGUUGGUGAACCAACGAACAAGCCAGCAAGUAAAUGAGAGACAAGCUAAAUAAUGAACAAUAACAGACAGCGAGUGUACGAACGAGUAUAAGGCGAAAACUAUCGAUCGAUUAACGAUCGAUCGAUUAACGAUCGAUCGAUUAACGAUCGAUCGAUUAACGAUCGAUCGAUUAACGAUCGAUCGAUUAACGAUCGAUCGAUUAACGAUCGAUCGAUUAACGAUCGAUCGAUUAACGAUCGAUUAGGCGGGCGAACGUUGGGACGAGCCAAAUAAGUGGACUUAUUUGUGUUAUUCACUGUCAAGUUAUUUUCUUGUUUAUUGCAGUACGUGACUUCCCCAAAUGUGAUGGCAAUGGUGGAGUUUUUCAACCGCAUCGCACUCUUAGCUGCGUCUGAAAUUCUGUCUCAGGAAACAACUCUAGGGCGGGCUAGAGCAAUCUCCAAAGUCAUCCAGGUAUCUACCAUUUCACAGUUAGUGUUAGUUCUCAGCCAUUAUCGUGUUUUCGUUUUUUAUCUUUUUUUUCAUGUUUUCUUCAAUUCGUUUCUUUUCCCAGAUCGCCGAAAAGUGCCAUCUCUUGGGAAACUUUAAUUCUCUCAAGGCUCUUUUGGCUGGUCUCCAGUCCACACCAGUCUAUAGACUGAAAGAGACCUGGAAAGAGGUGCCUUCGAAGAGGAAGAAGUAAGACUCUUAUCUAUUGGAACAAAUGAUAUGGGAUGGGGAAUAGAUUUUGAUAAAGGUUUUGUUUAGUGGAGCGGAGUAAGUCGUAGUUAGUGACGUCACAGAACCCAUAAUUUCUUUGCUUGUUUUUUUUUUUCGGUUUGGUUACCAAUUUUCGUUAAUUUUUGUGUCUUCUUUUUCCUCCUCAGGAAGUUUCGAGACCUGUCUAUCCUGAUGGGAGAAAGCGAGAAUUUCAGGCUGUAUCGUGAAGAGCUCUCCGCCAGUUUGGAAAACGGCCCUUGUGUACCGUUCCUUGGGAACUUUUUGACCGAAAUUGCCCAGACUCACACAUACUUGGCUUACAAAAGAAAAAAUGUUGUUAAAGGAAGUAAACAAUCUUCGCUGUUGGCCCAAAACGGUAAAUUUGAUAGGGCAGAUGGAGCCAAUAUCAACGGUGAAACUCCAAAAUGCAAUGGCAUUACUAGUCUCAGUGUAAACAACGUGAACGUGAACGUGAACGUGACCUCUGAUGGACAGAGUUCACCACGUGACAAAGAAAGUGUCACGGUGGAUUCUAGUGAUAAGCGGACCGCUAAAGUGAAGCGGACGCCGUCACGCAGCAAGCUAUGGCGAUUUCACAACCGACAGAGUAUAAAUGAUAGUGGUGUCAUGUUGAAUCGUAGCCGGAACAACAGUGCCGAGGUUUUAGACAUUCCUAAUGGAGAUAUGCAUAAAGUCAUGACUUCGAGUUCAGAUUCGGUGAUCAACAGCUCGUGUUCGCUGAAUGAAAGCCCUCGGAGCGCAAGGAACGGUAGCGCACGCACGUCUAACAAACCAUCUUUGUUGAGAAGACUGUCUGAAACUUAUUCGAAUCAUAAUGGAGUGUCGUUUUCGAAUAAGCCUAAGAGGCGUUUAUCGGAGACCAAGUCGAGUGAGAAUCGUCGCGCGUUUCUAAAGGGACUGGUUCGGAGAACGCCGAGCAGUCAGUCAGUGAAGGAAGGAAGGGUUUCACGUGGAACUUCUAAUGAAAAACUCACCGUCAGUCUGAGCACAUUGUCAGUCGCGGAGAACUCGAACAAUCUAAGAUUCAAAGAACUGGCUAAAUCUCAAAGCAGUCCGUCGGUGGAGGAAGGUGGCAGGCUCUCUCCGGAAGUCAAGCCGGACCCCCUUGACAGAUCCCUUCAGAUCUCGAGUCACAACUCAGUAGUAUGUUAUUCGCUGCCGACCAGCAGCCAUGAGAUAUGUUCAGGUGAGUUGACAAGGUGUCUAUGAACAAGUGGUAUUUUUAAUGAGAAGGAGCUCAGCUCCAUUGUUGUACGUCCAUCUAGUAGCCGUUGACCUAUGAGCUGUAGCUUUGUGUGACUCUAUGACUCUAUGACUCUUUAUGGGGGGUAGCACGCAGCAUUGUGCGCCCUGCGCGUACCCAUCGGGCCUUUUCAUUGUUGUGUUCUUGGGCAACACUCUUGUACUCCUCUCCUCCUGGGAACCAAACUCUCAGGGAAACCUGAUGACCUGCUGACCUGCUGACCUGCCAAGAGGGGGAGGUAGAGGGGGGGGGGGGGAGGGGGAGGGAGGGCUGUUUGCGAUGGACCUUACGAAGUUACUUUGGGAGAUUUUUCAUGAUUAAGUACUGAGGUAACUGAUAUCUUUUUCUUAUUCAUUGUCGUUUUGUUGCCACUCAGGUACAGAGAAACAAUUGUGGGCUUACCAGAUCGCUUCGAUUCAGUACGACUUCGUUAGCCGUCCGUUUGUUCGACACUUUCUCCUGAACGCUUCUUUUAACUCUGAGGAAGACAAUUACAGGCUGUCACUUAAACGGGAAACCCCGGCCAAGAAAACUGGAAGCUGAUUCAUAGGGACUUCGGAAGGGCGCUUUCACGUGCGCUGCCACCGUGGAAACUGGGGCUUGUACUCGCCCCGCCUCAUUUUCAAGUUCUUGACCUGUCGUGCCCACGCUCUCGUUCGUUUUGAAUACCGAGUUAGUUUGGGUACAACAACAUAAGAACUACUCGUUUCCUUUCUCAACGAAGCGUUUUUCAAAUUAACAUUAUUGACUGCUUCAAACAAGUAUCAUUUCUUUUUUACUAUUUCAAAGUAGAAUCAUUCUAUAUCAAAAUUUAUACGCAAAAAAUUUCUUUCACGCUUCGUCAAACCAAAAGAUUUUAAGUAUAUUUUUAUUGCAAUUGGAUGAUAAAUGAUGUUAUUUUUUAUCUAUCUCAAUUUACUCGAUGGUUUUCAGUUUAUGUUAUCGAGAUCAUACCUUCGAUUUUCUCGUAAACGUUUCAAAUCUUCUUACAUCACUUCGUUGUAUGAUUAGAAAUUGUAAAUAUUUUAAUGAAAAGAUUAUCAAGAUUAUCAAAAUAUAGUUGAACAGACCAAGAAAUAAAGACGAAAUAAAUAAAUGAAAAUGAG